AUGGCGCUCCUACAAACUUCCCUCAUCUGGAUUGUGUACGCGGUGGUAAUAGCCAUUUUACUGGCAGUGGCAUCAGUGUUUAUCUAUGUCUAUCAAACUCCACGCGAUCGCUCGCCUGCGGUAACACUGACUUGCAUCGUCUCAAUUACCAGUCUUCUAGCAACAGUGCUCUUACUGCCCGUUGAUGUCGCGUUAGUGUCGUCAACAAGCUCGUCAAAGCUGGGCCAGCGAAAGAAUUGGGCAACCCAAGAUGUAGUUGAUAGGAUCACCUAUUCAUUGACUAUCAUUUAUUAUCUCCUUUAUUCUUUGGAUGCUCUUCUAUGUCUUCUGGUCAUUCCCUUUACGUACUUCUUAUAUGAAGAGUAUGACGAAGUCGCGACUGAGUCAGGCGAGCAGACUGUUGGCCAACGGAUCUGGGGUGCUCUCAAAUACACGCUAAGCUUUGUUGCGGUCGUGGUCAUCUUGUUCUUAGUGGGCUUUUUCGUACCAUUGUCUCAGGACAAGAAUGACAUGGACUUGGACUAUUUCAAGCGGCUGCUGACCGAAAAUCAUGGCGAGCGUGCGCUUACCUUUGGCCUGGGCUUGUUAAUGACGAUCGGCCUCUUUCUCUACGUUUUGUAUACCUCAGUGGGCUUGGCCUUUCUGCCGAUCAGUUUGAUCAAGACUGCGCCAUCGAUUUCAAGUGCAACUUUGCGAGCAAGCACUACACAGCAACUUGAGACCAACCAAGAACGGCAACGCCAGCUCGAGGGUCGAUGUGCAGGAGACCCCGAGCUUCUGUCUUCGAAAGACCGCAGAGAGCUUGAUACUCUAGUACGGGAAGAAAGGACCCUGAUUCGACGCCAGCGUCUCGCCGAAGAGUCCCAAGGCGAAGGCCGCAGCUGGGUGAUGAAGGCGUGGUACAAGAUUGAGGCGGUUUUCCGUCCCUUCAAACUUUUAGGAGGCAUUUUGCUGCUUUUAAUUGCCUUCGUCACUUGGGUAUCCAUGCUCUUGACGUCAAUCGACAAGGCGAAGAACUCAAUCUGCAAGCAUCGCUGUGGAUACAUCCUUGCCCAUGUCAACAUUUUCAAUCCCAUCAACUGGGCACUUGUUCAAUCUGCCAAGGUCUUCCCCAUUGAUUAUGCCAUAUUCACAAUUCUUGUCUUGUUAUUUUUCUGCAGCUCUGUUGUCGGAAUCGCAGUUGUUGGAAUUCGUUUCUUAUGGAUCAGGAUUUUCCAAAUCCGAAAUGGCCACACGUCUCCUCAAGCCUUACUCUUGGCCACUGCCAUGUUGAUGCUAAUCAUCUUAGCGCUGAACUAUUCCAUUUCGAUGGUAGUUGCCCCUCAGUAUGCCACUUUCGGCCCGCAGACUUUCUGUGAUCGCGAUCCAGAGACCUUCAUUGGGCAGCCAGAUUGCUCCAACAGUAAGGAACUUAUCAAGCCAUGCUCCGAAACAGCCAGAAAUCCCGCCGCACAACAAGUCUGCACGCCCAGUGUCGUGAGCACAUUCUUGAACCGGGUCACUCUGAACUAUCCAUUCUUUGGAGUCGUAUUUUUCUGGGCCCAAUUCUUCUUCCUGGGAUUGUAUUUGAUUGUUUUUGUCACCUCGCUACUUCGUUCACCCAAGUUGGACGAAGCGCAGCUCGACGAGGAUGCCGAGGAAGCCGAGGAAGAAGGGCUGUUGGCCAAUACUGGCAGACGCUUCAACGCCAGUUGGCAAGAUAUCACAGGCCGAGCAUCUCGGAGCGGGCGCUCUCAAGGCUAA